AUGGAGCUUCGUCAGAAUCUUCACUACGUGGCAACAGAGCUGGUGAAGCAUCUUCUGGAGAACGGCUUUCACGUCAAGGGAACGGUGAGGUCAGUGAAAUCGAAAGACAAGUAUGCACACUUGGAGAAAUUAGAUGCCGCUUUGCCCGGCACUCUCAAGCUACUCGAAGCCGAUCUCCUGAAGCCAAACUCCUUCGAUGCUUGUGCCAAAAACUCCAAAUACGUUUUUCACACAGCCGCCGAAAACUCCUUGAAGGACAUGAUCGAACCCGCACGCAACGGCACUGAGAAUGUCCUGAAGCCGGCCAUCAAGGCCAAAUCACAGCGCGUUGUCGUGACCAGCUCGUUCGCUGCAUCCUCUUCCUUCCUACCAGAGGACAAGCCAGACCCAGGUAAUCUUUAUUCCGAGGAGGACUGGAACGACUUCAUCGAUGAGUCGGCAUGGGAGCUUGGAAAGAGCCAUGGGAUUGACGUGGUUGUCAUUCAGCCGGUGCUUGUCAUGGGCCCUGUGCAUGCUCCCCGGGUCGAGGGCGUGUCGGUCAGCACGAUGAAGACACUCGUCGAGGGAGGACCAUUGCCUGCUGCCUUCCCUUGGUGUGACAAUCGAGAUGUUGCCAGGGCACACAUCCAGGCAGCAGUCAAUCCAGCAGCUUCGGGGCGCUACAUCGUUGCGCAGCCCAACACAAUUCCGCACUCCGUCUACAGCGUCCUAUCCAAAGGACUGCCUCAGUUCGUCUUCGCGAAUCCGGAAAAGGAGGAAGCUCAGAAUGCCAUGAUCGACACGAAGAUCAAAGGAUUGAUUGGGGGCUUGUACCCGCUAGAAGACACGAUGCUUGACAUGGCAAGGACACUGAUCUCUGCAAACCUUGCGACCCCAAACAAGAACCCAAAAACCGAGCUUUGA